AAACCAGCAGCAAUCUUUUUGGUAGGAGAUUCAACUACGGCAGCCCCAUCUGGAAGCGGAGGAGGCUGGGGAAAUGGUUUUCUAGGUACACUCGUGGGCGGAGCAAUUGGAACUAAUUUUGGCCACAAUGGAGCAACGACAGUAAGCUUUGUUAGUGGUGGCGAUUGGACGAAGGUGCUCGCUUCAAUAACAAAGUACAAGUCGACAUUUUUACCCUUUGUGACGAUACAGUUUGGACACAAUGACCAAAAGUCCUCUGCAAACAUCAGCAUUGCAGAGUUCUCCACCAACCUUAAAGCUAUGGCUCAAGAUGUGAUGGCCGCAGGAGGGACACCGAUCCUCGUGACCUCUUUGUCGCGCCGCAAUUACGAUGCUUCCGGGCUCAUCAAGCCUGAUCUUGCGAACGUCGUGAACGCCACUCUUUCGGUGGCCAUGGCUAAUUGGUGUCCCUUCAUCGAUCUGAACAAAGCAUCAAUGAAGUACCUCAACGCUAUUGGAGAAGCAAACGCCAUGAUGUACGACAGAGUCGCAGGUGAUUCUACGCAUCUAAACGCCGCAGGUGACCUGCUUUUCGGUAACAUGGUUUCGUGGUUUUUAAGCAGUAGUGAUAUAGGAGUACAAGUAGAAGCAUUCUUAGGUCCAAAUGCGACCAUUGUCAAGGCGAUUGAGAAGGGGACAUUCGUUUUACCA